AUGCAACACAGCCAGCACCAGGAGGUCGUUGUGGACGCCCAGGCAGCCAUGGACAUGGAAAAGCCGCGGCAUGUCCGGGCAAAGCAGGCAGACACCGUUUCCCAUGGGAAAGCCAGCCAUGUCAAGACUCAGAAGCACGCGAAGCACAGCAAGAGGAACAAGAAGGUUGCAGAGCCUGCAUCCUUAAUGCGUUCAGAGCCCUCUGCGGGCUCCGAGACAAAGCCUCCGAACAAAGAGGAGUCCACAGACGAUGCGGAUGAGGACGAGGGGGAAGGGAACGAAGAGUCUUCCCAGGAGUCGACACAGGAAGGAUCGGAAGACAAGACGCCAUCCACGGAGAAGGACGACUCUACUGGCGAAGACACGCUUGAUGAUACGGGCUCAGACACGCAGGAAACUGCUGCCGACACUGACACGGACUCUUCAGCCGCAGCCUCCGCAGAGGACAUGAAGGGUGAAGAGUCUGAGGAGGAUCCGGGCGAUGGCACUGGCGAAGCAACCGAAACGGUACAGAUGUCUGACAGCAGCGGCAACCGAAUUUCUGGCACCUCCAAUGCAAGCGCAGCCGUGCUUAUGUCAGACUCGGAAUCCGCCUCUUCGCUCAAAGCCAUUUCCCAGGCAAACUCUUCGAAUGACCACUCCUCAGCUGCUACAGGUGCGAUCGCCAGCAAUCUCGAACAAGGAUCUUCCGAGUCGGCAGAGGUUCAGAGCUCGUCGGAUGCCGACGCCGAAAGCUUCGAAGGCUUGGAAGAAGGCUUGGAAGAGGGGGAGUCCGACGAGCUGGUGCGGGGGGCGGCACAGGCCUGUGUUGGCACCAUGAUCGAGAAGUGCCCAUCUGACAAGUCCGAUCCGUGCAAAUCUUCAGACGCCGGAACAUGCGUGAAUGUGUUCCACAAGUGCUCCGACGACAAGCUCACACAAUGCGUGACUGGAGCCUGCAAGGAAGACUUUAGAUCGGAUGCGCUUGUUGAGACUUCAUGGUUUACAGGGUUUAGGGUUUGUGGUCAAUGA